UCUUAAUUAUACGUAAUAUUUUACGAGACGAAAGCAAGAAACAAUGAUUUAAGCAUCACUCUGUAUACCCUUCUAGAAAUGUAAGCGAAAUAAUUGCUAGGAAAUGACUGAUAAAAAUGACAUCAGUAAUUUCUAAUGAUUCAAUUACUGACCUCCAGUAAUUGUUCAGUGCUUUUUGUUCCCAGUUGUUACAUUUCUGUGAGGGUAAGAGUAGUUGCACUAUCUUUUCAAAAUUUAUACAAACUAAUUUGUAUUAUUUUUCCAGUUAAGCCUUUAAUUUUUGAAGUAUCAAUUUUUCAGCCUUCAAAGAAGACAAAAAGUAUAUGAAACGACAAUCUGUUUGAAUUAUCUCGACCAUCGGCGAAUUUUGAAUUUUAUUUCGUAUAAUUCGCGUAACACAUGAAUGAAACUGGUAGGAAUUAGCAGUGUUAACGGAUGCAACUGUUUUGCUGUUUCGCAAGGAUAUUGCAUUCACCAUUUGUCGUUUGAUAAGUUCAUGAUUAAUCCCGCUAGGCAAACGAUCGAUUGGUUAUCAGCAUCUAAGGUACGUCAAUCGAAUCUAAAUAUUUAAGUGUAUUUACUAUCGUCGUUCCAAUCUUGUCCUGCAUUCCGACACGCUUUUACUGAGAACGUUUACCUCGCAGGUGUUUCUAAACGUCCGAUACGUGAUAUUUCCUUCAUUCGAUCGGCUGUCCUCUAAAAGCACACGAUUACUCAGCGCAUGAGGAAAGUCCGCCUUCAUCUUGUGACACACAUAAUUAGGGAAAGACGGUAUUGCAUUGCGUUAUCGAUAGUGUUUUCUGCCUAACUAUUAUUUCUCAAUUUCUGAGACUUUUUCCGACGUUUUUUUUUAAUAGAUAAAUUAAUGUCAAUCGCAAUCGCAGUUCGUCGCGGAUAAAAAUCGUUUCGCGAGGAGGAAAAAAGGGUAACGUAAAUUCCUACUGCUGAUAAGAGCACAAACACUUUCGCGAGACUCGCGAGUGUCCUCACGCAGAAGCACGUGCGAAACGAUCCGGAGUUUGGUCCUGCGGUAAUGAUUACAGAUACUCGAGCAAAUAUUUUAAAGAAUCGCGCUGUGUAGUUCGGAAUAAGAGGAAUUAAAGGGCGCAAGAGUCGCGAUUGGCGGCGCAAACGCGCAGCGAAGAAAAAUUAAGACCUGACAAUCGGUUCGUCGCGCCCCGUUUUCGUCUUUUUAUAAGGUUCUUUGCAGUUUUACAAUUGUAAAUGCAUAUAAUUAUUUCCUGCCACGAUUAAUUACAAUCAGUUCAUUCGCCGAUUAAUUAAACUCCAGGUGCUUCGCGCAAUCCGACUGAAUAUAAUUAAAAUACUAAACCGAAUAAUUUCAACACACGACGACGAAAAUUAAUAAAACCGUAAACGUUUUAGUCAUCGUUAAGACGGCGAAAAAUCGAAGCGUUUCAUCCUCGUCGCGACUUUCGAAUUUGUUUUACCGCGAUAUCUUAUUUAUUUCAUUCAAAGUUACAUUUUGAUCUCGCGCGCUCCGGAUUGACGGAAAUUCCCGUUCGCAUUUCACUUCGAGUUUCCUCUGCUCAACUACAUUAACACCAGGGUCAAGCAUAUAAAUUGGACGAGUGUACGGGACGGUAGUACGAUGUAAGAUGUAAACAAACACGUCAGUUGUAGACACGAUUUCGUAUUGCGACGGUGGGCGCCGUUUCGUAUCUGGUCGAAAAGUUGAAUGUCCCCUACCGUACGUGGAAUUCCCGAGUGACACAAGUGCAUCUCGUCCCGAGGCAUCUUCUCUUCCACGACGAUACGUCCGAAAUCAAAUUCCUAGAAUACAGCGACGCGUUCGGUUUGGGGCUCGCCUUUGACGUAACUCACGUUCUAUCAGGAUGAAAGAUACUAAUAGCACGGUGGACAGCAGGCAAGGCUUGGAGGGCUACGUAAAUCACGGCUUAAGCGGAUCCACUAACAAUGUGGAUCUCAUUCAUUCGUUUCAAUCUCUCCACAAUUCGCAUGGGAACCAUCGCGACAUACAGGGCUCCUCAGAUUUCAUCUUGAUCGAAGAGCCGGGGGAUGACGAGGUCAAGCAAAAGGAGAGUCUUCUGAAGUCGACGUUUCAGCAUGCGAGGCGGCGUGCCAGGGCUAUAUGCACGAAGAAGACCCUUUACAAGAGGCUGCCGGUCUUGAACUGGCUGCCAAGGUACAACGGUCAAGAUGCGCUCGGAGAUUUGGUAGCCGGGAUCACCGUGGGCCUCACCGUCAUUCCUCAAUCGUUGGCGUACUCGAACGUCGCCGGUUUACCGCCGCAGUACGGUUUAUAUGGCAGUUUCUUGGGUUGUUUUAUCUAUGUAAUUUUUGGAUCCUGCAAGGACAUACCCAUGGGACCCACUGCCAUAAUAUCUUUGUUGACUUAUCAAACAGUGUCUCAUUUGGACGCUCCGGUGCCGCACGCGAUUCUAUUGUGCUUUAUGGCUGGAAUCGUGGAGUUAAUAAUGGGUGUAUUCGGUCUCGGAUUUCUAAUAGAUUUCGUGUCCGGACCGGUAAGCUCCGGUUUCACAUCGGCGGUCGCCUUGAUAAUUGUCACGUCGCAAGUCAAAGACAUCCUCGGUAUUCCUGCCAAGGGCUCUCAAUUUAUCGAGAUGUGGCAGAGUAUCGGUGGGCUGAUACACCAGACGUCCGCCUGGGACGCCGCCCUCGGAGCAUCCUGCAUAGCGUUGCUGCUAAUUCUCAGGUUACUAGCCUCGUGCAAAAUCGGCCCGAAAAAGGAGGAGCUCCACACUGCGAAACAUCGCGUCGUGAACAAAAUCAUCUGGCUGAUCGGCACCUCGCGAAACGCACUCCUCGUUGUAAUUUGCGGUUUACUGGGCUGGCAUUUUCAGGAGAACUCGCCCGUCAGAUUGAUUGGCUAUAUACCGGGUGGUAUGCCCACUGUACAACUUCCACCGUUCGGAUUCGUCAAGGAUGACAAUGCGACGGUCACGUUUAUCGAGAUGCUCGGUAAUCUGGGCAGCGGCAUCGUCGUAAUACCGCUCAUCUCUCUAAUGGAGGACAUCGCUGUCUGCAAGGCCUUCGCCAACGGGAAAACGGUGGACGCCACACAGGAGCUGAUAGCGAUCGGUAUGUCGAACAUCGGAAAUUCCUUCGUGCAAGCUUUCCCGGGCUCGGGGUCUCUUAGCAGGAGCGCGGUGAACAACGCUUCCGGUGUCAGGACGCCGUUCGGCGGCAUUUAUACCGGUGUGCUCGUAAUUUUAGCUCUGCUAUUCCUCACCCCGUACUUCAGUUUUAUUCCACGCGCCUCACUGGCGGCGAUCAUUAUCGCCGCGGUUAUCUUCAUGGUCGAAGUCAAAGUGGUGAGGCCGAUGUGGAGGACGAAAAAAUCGGACCUGAUCCCGGGGCUGGGCACGUUUAUCGCGUGUUUGGUGCUGCAAUUGGAGAUCGGAAUCCUCUGCGGAGUCGGGAUAAAUAUUCUUUUCAUCCUCUACCACGCCGCAAGGCCGAAAAUAUCCGUGGAGAAGCUCAAGACUGAUCACGGUGUCGAAUAUCUGAUGCUGACGCCGGAUCGUUGCUUGAUCUUCCCGUCGGUGGACUACGUCCGCAAUCUGGUGAACAAGUACAGCCGACGCGCCGAGAGCGUCGCGACGCCCGUAGUGAUCGACUGUUCGCACAUCUACGGUGCGGACUACACGGCCGCCACGGUCAUCGAGAUCCUGACGAAGGACUUCGCCAAGAGGGGCCAGCCGCUCUUCUUCUACAAUCUGAAGCCGUCGGUGUACGCCGUCUUCGAGGGCGUCGAACCCACGGACUUCGUCGUCUACUACAAUCAGGAAACACUGGACGCGCUGCUGAAGCAGAAGGGCUACGUGAAAUAGACGAAGCAGAGGUCUUACGGAACAGUAAAAAAAGAAUAUCGUUUCUGAUCGCGAAAGGUGCAUUCGUACUUUCAUAGCGUGUUCCUCGGGGCUGUCAUCCGGAUGCGACAGCCGGUACACCAAAUGCGCGGGCAUUGAAAGACUCGAACGAUUCUUUGACGCGGUCGAGUGGACUGCGCGGCAGCCCGUAUUGCGUGAAUCUUUUUAAGUCCAAUCGCCAUGAAAGCGAAAUUUUAUGAAGCAAUUUAUAUUUAUACGUCGUCGUCAGUUCGGCGGUGGCUCGCGGCUUGAAGUUUCGGGCAGCAACGAAAGCGAGGAUGGAGGACGUAGAAGAUACCAUCGACCGUAACGACAAUGUCUGAAAAGCGCAACUUUAAAUGUAGCUCGUUCAGUAUCGUCUCGGCGAGGGAAUACUGGGCGAAAUUAUCUCGAUCCGCGCGCGCGCGGUGAAAUCAAUCGGAAAAGGCAGGGAAAAUGAAGCACGUAUAUACCUCGAAUAUAUAUAUAUUUCAAAUAUGUCGGUACAUGUGCAUAAUACCGCUGUCAUUAUGUAUCUCGAAGAGAAAGAUAUUGUGUAUGCAAUUUGGAAAUAUCCUGUACGAUAGGAUAUUCUACAAGUUCCAGAAGCGAACUGGGGAAGCGUCUGAAAAAUUAAAAUGCAGCUCAAGAGCCGCACUUUUA